AAAAACAGAGUAACUGAACUACUAUUCUCAUGCCCCUCAAACGCACGAUGCAUACUUCACGUCUCUUCAUGCUCACAAAACUCGAGCUCUUUAUUCCAGGCUACAGAAGCUGGAAAUCACAACUGAUUACUGCCGUCGUCUACCUUCUGAUUUUGAUCAGGAAAUAUGACAAGGGGAAGAGGCAUUAAACGUAGUAGGGAAGGUCGUGGGCACAUGUCUAAUAAAGGAGGAGGAGGCAACCAGCAGCUACCAAACACUUCUCAGGAGGAUGUUAGUGAACCAUCAACUCCUAUGUCUCAACAGAUUGGUUCAAACAAUGGUAUUGUCUCGUCAAAUGAAAGUAAUUCUCAGCAAAUUGUACAUACAUCUCAAGAUGGUAGUGCUCGGAAAACAACUCCUGCUCCUCAAAGUAUUGGCAGUCACCAAGAAAUUCCUACUUCGAUAGAUGUUGGUCGUCAACAAGCUCCUUCUUCUCAGAAUGUUGGUGCUGAGAAAGCAACUCCCGGACAAACACGAUCUUUUGGAAGUAGUAACCCACAAGAAAGACGAGCUACUCUUGGUGGCAUAAAAUCCUUGAAAGUAAACGGAGAUACAUUAUGCCCACAUGAGGCCGUUCGGGAUGUGUCGUUAGCUUUUAAGAAAAGCUUCACGGGACCAUGGCAUUGUUGGAGCAAAGUUCCGGAGUAUGUACGAGACAAAUGGUUCAAUGACUUUGAGAAAAGUUAUUCUUUUCCUGAUGAGGAUAAAGUUUUCGUUCGAAAAACUUUUGAUCGGGUGGGUAGUGAAAGGUUGAGUGACAGUUUGGGAAAAGCAAAGAGAGAAUUUUCAAGAACAAAGAAAAUACCAAAGUGGAUUGCUGAAGUUCAUUGGGACGGUUUGAUGCGAUAUUGGAACUCUGACGAUUUUAAGAAAAUUUCAGCAAUCAACAAGAAGAAUAGAAUGUCAUCUAAUAAUGAAGAAGGUCCUUCCUUACAUACUGGCGGAUCAGUUGCAUUUGCUAAGUACAGAAGACGACAUAAGGAACUAACUGGGGAAGAUCUUCGAAGUGAUGAAUUGUAUCUGAAGACUCACAAAACAAAAAAUGAAAAGAAGUGGAUCUGUGGGAAGUCGGAAAGGAUAUGGAAUUCAGUUACAAAGAAUAUUAAGGAGAAGGUUGGUGAAACUUCAACACUAAGGAAUGAAGAUGGUCUUGAAGUAGAUGAUGGAGACCUGGAGAGAAACACAACAACAGAUGGAGAAGGGGAAGGAGAAGAAACUAGCGAAGACAAUGAUUGUGAAUUUGUUGAAAACUAUACCGGAGGAGCAACUACUGAAAACUUGGAUAGAAGCAGUUGGACGAACAAAAAAAGGAAGAAUAUAUGGUCUUGGCCUCAAAAAUUCUUUGCUGGCAGAUUCAUCGAAUGCUAACUGUGCGUCCGCUAGUGCUCCUAAUCCUCCAAAUGUGCCUACCGAACAAAUUUUUGAAACACCUGAGUUUCAACAGCUUCUUAAUCGUGUACUGGAGAAACGUAUGGAGAAUGUGUGGGAAUGUAUGCAAGCGGAUAUUCGGGAAAAUAUGGAAGUCGAAGUACAUGUUGUGGUUCGUGCUGCUGUGGCUCGGAUUCUUGGUUUCACUCCUCAACCACCACCAAAUGGCUCUGGUUCUCCCCCAAACAAAUCUUAGAUAAUUAAUGUUAUUGAUUUUUUUGAUUUAAGACGUGUUUUAUUUUACUAGCUGACUUGUCUGACUUGUUCUUCAUCAUUCAAGGAUUGAUGGUACUGUGAUUAUGCUUAUUUGGAAAUUUGAAUAGAUUUAAUUAUUUAUUUUAUCUUAUGUCACAUU